CGCAGUUGUGCGCAGGACCCGAAAGAGGAAACACGUCGUAGUUGCGUCGAGCAGAGACUUCAGCGUAAAAUAGUCAUUGGAAUUGGCCACAGAUUGCACAAGGAUUUACUAAAGAUGAUGAAACUGUCCGGUCUUAGGCGGUCCUUACCCAGGGACCAAGGAUUGGGCAACUGCCUCAACGUGGCACUGAUUUACUCAGCGCUCCUAGCACUUUUCAUGACCGCCGCCCAGGGACUACAGCUGAGUGCCUUCACAACGAAGACGCCGCGGGUCAGCAAGUACACAACCAAGUCGCCAUCGGCCUCCUCCAUGAACCACGAUGCCACCGCCUCGCUGUAUCGUUUCAAUGCCACCAACGGCAUCACCUGCAUUCUGAUGCAGGUGGACGGACUUAUCAGCAUUAAGUACCGGAACAAGCUGAACGAGGAUGUGGAGGCCGAUUUGUACAUGCCGGAUGAUCCCCAGCUGAGUGGCGAGUGCGUCGAGUCCAACAUGGAAAUUCUCACCAUGGACUUUAAGGGUUUCCGGCUGUCCAUGACAUUUAAAAAGUCGUCCGGCGGCGAGGGUUGGUAUAUCAACCUGUUUGAACUGACCUACUCGUCCUCCAACUGGCUGUUCGAGCACCCCGAUCGUCCCAACUUGGACGUGAGGCUGACCUCGCCCGCCCAGACGCCGAUGUACUUCCCCACGCCGGUGGGUAAGUCCUAUGUCUGCGACAAGGAGCAGACUGUGAUCAUGUACGCCCCGCACGAUUCCGGCGACCUGUCGGGGCAUAUAGCCAAGCUGUAUCUGCGCGACAUGCACAUGCAGAGCUUCAUGUUCAAGGACAGCGGCAAGUGGGGCCCGUCCUUCCACUGCAGCGCCACAGGAUCCUAUCGCGACGAGACAGCGCCCCUGGCCGUGGGAACUGCACUGGCCAUUGCCGUGCUACUGACCAUAUCCGGAUACGGCGGUUGGAGAUACUUCAAAAUCAAGAAGGUUCAGUACGGUUCUAUGGAGUGAGCGGAACGGAGUGAGAGGCCCAAGAUUCAAGUGAAGCGUUCGUUUUUGUUCAACUAUUUGAUCAUAUCGUUGUCUACACAUAUCCCCACGUUUGUUGGAUCUAUUGCAAUCCUGUAGUCCUAUUUUAUAAAAUUAAGAGUUGUCCCGACAGACACUGAGAUUAACAUUUACGAGGUUAUCGAAAUUAACUAAAGAUACAUAUAUGAGAAAUGCAAAUGUCUUCCAUAUUGUUAAUGUAUAAAAUAAUAGCGCACCAUAUAUGAUUAUUAAAUGUUAAUAUAUAUCAUUAUU